GAAGCCCACAGUAGACGUCAGACAAUUCUUUACUUUCAACUGCAAGAACAUCUGCCAUGUCACCUGCAGUCUGUGUCACACCAGCAUCAGACAGAGCAAAGUUAAGGGUCAGUCCCAAACCUCGGGCCUCCUCCGUCACUUGCCUUCUUUGCUGAUAAAGCCCUGCCCCUGCUCCAUGAGGCCAUGGAUGAGCAGGUGCUUCAGGAGAUGCAGUGGGCUCAGGGCAGCUGCGUCCACCUCACCAUGUCCACAGCAGCCCGGGAUGCAGUCGUGGACUACGUGGCCAUCACUGCCCACUGGGCGGCAGUACAGCCAGGGAGCCGGCAGGUGGUGUCUGGAAGCCCGCGGAGGACAGCGGUGCUCUGGGUCCGAGGCCUGCCCGUGGAGAGCACCCAGGAGGAGAGGCAGCGGGGGCUGCGGGAGAAGGUCAGCCUGUGGCUUAGCCGCAGCACCAUGCGACCGGGCUUCCUGGUGUCGGGCGGCUGCCUCAGCCUGGAGCAAGCAGUAAGGAUGGAGGGCUACACACAUGUCCCUUGUUUUGUCAGCUGCCUUGACUCUCUGGUGAGAAACUUUCUGCAUCACCAUCACAGCAUUCAGAUUGCCAGGGCCAUCUGCAGUCAUUUCCAAGGCUCUGCAGAGAGCACCAGCCCUUUGGGGAGCUCGCAGCCAACUGGGUCUCCGACUACCACCUGA